AUGAAAUUCAAGAUCCUUAAAGAAAAGUUCAAGCCAAUUUAUUUAAAGUCGGAGCCAUGGAAUCACCAGCACUCUAUCAAGAAAAUCAUCAAAAGUUCACUUACAACUACUGGAACACUUUAUUACACGGUUCUGUUCAAGGAUGGCCAGAUAAAGAAGAUCGCAUCAAAAAGCUUGAAGGACAAAUACGCAACUCUAAUCAAGCAUUUUGAGCCACUCAAUCCACCAAAAUCCAGCAUCAUAAAGCAGCACUAUCCAACAGCAAGAUCCAGCAAGCGUAUCUCAUUCAAAGAGAAUAGUUCGGACGAGUAUGAAAAUGAAGAGGAUGAGGAUGAGGAGGAGGAGGAGGAGGAAGAGGAGGAUGACAGCGAGGAAUCGGAAGAGAUGGAAGAGUCAAGACAGACCAGACGCGGUAGAUUGACAGCUAAACCCAAAUCCUUUCAAAAAGAAUUCUACCCUGAUCAAUUUCAGCCUGAUGAACGUUUUGCGAAGAAGCCAUUGACAGUCUAUGUACCACCAUAUACUGAUGAUCUAUUUUUGGAGUAUCACUCUGAACACUGUCUACGUUGUCUUAGAACCGGCAAUCCCAACGACAACAGCAAACUUCAGAUUGGAACACAAGCUAAAAGAACAAGGCUUCUGCUGUGUCAAAGCUGUUCAAUAUCGAUGCACAACAACUGUAUAUCAUCACACAAGCAGGUUGACAAGACCACCCAAAGUCUCAAGUGUCCCAAAUGUGUACGAGGCACCAACUGUUCCCGAUGUAACACCAGUAUUUUGAAAACAAGAGGAGCCAAGAUCACACCUUUCCGUUGCUUGACUUGCAAUAGCGCAUUCCACCAUGAUUGUAUCAUCGCUGGCUCCUCUUCAGAGCUACGCGACAAGCUCAAGUCGAUUGAUUUGGCCGACAUGUACCGUGGAGGGCAAUGUAUUGAGUGUUUCACAUUUUUGAAAGACAAGGUGCCUCACAUCAUUGCGGGUGAAAGAAAGGUAGAUGGCAUGCUGGAGUACUAUGUCAAAUGGAAGGAUCUAUCGUAUCGCCAUGCUAGCUGGGUAUCCGCAAAAUGGAUCGCCAACUACUCGCAAGGCUUGCAUCGUGGCUACCUGAAAAGAAAAGAGAAAGAGGGCCCUGUGGUUCUUUCUGAGGACGUUGUAUGCAUCGAUAGAAUUUUGGAUGUGGAAUGGGCAGAUGCAAAACGCACACAGGUCAAGAAGGUGUUGGCAGUGUUCAAAGACACAGAGUAUGCCGAUGCUGUCUGGGAUGAACCACCUCCAGAGGACGACGAGAAGCUGUAUGCUGACUACCAGAAUGCACUCAAGCGAUAUGUUCUAGCCUCCAAAGUACUGCCGCCAAAGAACAUGAAGGGUCUCAUUGCCAACGUGCGUUCUGCAGCCACAAAGACAAGCUAUGAAUCCCGUGAAUUGAAAGCUCAGCCUGAUUUCCUUAAAGGCGGUACCUUGAUGAAACAUCAAAUGGAGGCCCUCAACUGGCUGCUGUAUCAAUGGGAAAAGUGUCAACCAUGCAUUCUGGCAGAUGAUAUGGGGUUGGGAAAAACCAUCCAAGUGAUAUCUUUUCUGUUCUAUUUAUACCGUAAAUUUGUUAUUUAUCCUUUCCUCAUUGUGGUACCAAACAGUACAGCAACAAACUGGGUUCGCGAGUUUGCUAAAUGGGCGCCUGAAAUGAUCGUCGUUCCCUACUUUGGCCUUGCUCCAGCACGCAAGCUGGCCAUGGAUAAUGAAAUCCUAAACGGCAAGGGUCAAAUGAAAUGUCAUGUUGUGAUCGCUACUUAUGAAUCUGCUAUCGAAACUUCCAAACUGCACGACAUCUUCUGGCCUGUGCUGAUUGUUGACGAAUCACAGCGUCUCAAAAACGAUGAAUCCCUUCUAUUCAAGACGCUGGCAAGAAUGAAGGUGGAUCAUAUCAUCUUGCUGACUGGUACUCCCAUGCAGAACAAAUUGCGCGAGCUCUUCAACAUUAUGCAUUUUAUUAGACCCCUAGAAUUCAAGGGCGACGAGGCAGACAACUACCAAGAGAUGACUAGGCCACAAAUAGAAGAAUUGCAUUCACGCUUGAAGCCUUAUUUCCUGAGAAGAACAAAGCAGGAGGUACUGAAAAAAUUGCCUCCCAAAUAUGAAUUGAUUGUACCCAUUUCCAUGACACCUCUGCAGAAAGAGGUCUAUAAGCUUUGCUUAAGCAGCGAAAUCAUCGAAACUCUCACAGAGGCCACUGGCACCAAGCGACAGAAAGGACUUACCAACAUCUUCACCAACCUUAGAAAGACGCUAAAUCACCCUUAUUUGCUGGACGGCGUCGAACUGGAACAGCCGACACCUGCAGAUGUGCAGAAAUCCAUGAUUGAAGCGUGUGGCAAGCUCAAGCUCUUCCACCAGAUGCUGCCCAAGCUCUUAGAACGGGGCCACCGUGUGUUGCUAUUCUCAACAAUGACACGAAACUUGGAUAUUGUUGAAGACUAUUUAGACUAUGAACAGGUGAAAUAUGUGCGCAUUGAUGGCUCUACCAAGGAAAACAACCGUGUCAAGGCUAUUGAUGCAUUCAAUGCGCCUUAUUCCAAGAUCAAUGUCUUUUUGCUCUCUACGCGUGCUGGUGGUGUGGGUAUCAAUCUGGCUACUGCUGAUACAGUGAUCAUUUGGGACUCUGACUUUAAUCCCUAUGCUGAUUUGCAAGCCAUCAGUCGUGCUCAUCGUAUUGGCCAGGCCAACAUGGUCAUCAUCUAUCGCUUCAUGACGCGUCUCUCUGUCGAAGAGAAGAUUCUGCAAAUUGGUAAAAAGAAAAUGGCUUUAGAGCAUGUUGUUGUGGAAAGAAUGAAGGCGGAUGAAGAGGAGCAAAUAGAAGACUUGGAAUCCAUUCUCAAAUACGGUACGGAAGCCUUGUUUGACAAUGACGAUUCCAAGGAUAUCCGCUACGAUGAUGCAGCCAUAGACAACCUAUUGAACCGAGAGCAAUACCGUGAAGCAGCUACUGAAUUGCAAAUCAAGGAAGUGGAAGAACUGGAGGGCCGCGAAAAGGACGAAGGUAGCAUGAGCUUCUCUUACGCUAAAGUGUGGCAAGCAGACGGCACCACGGAAGAGCUUGAGAUUACUGAGAAGGACGAUGAGAACGAAAGCGACUUUUGGGAGAAAUUCUUGAUCGAGCAACAAGCUCAAAAGGAGAAGAAGAGGCAAGAGAAGCGUGAGGCUGAAUUAAAGCUAGGCAGAGGUGGUCGUAAGAGAACAGCUGUGUCGUAUGCCGAGUCAAAUAACAUCAAACCAGUGCCUAUUUCGUUAAGGAGACAACAAGGCAGAGACGACGAGUUUGUCUUGCAAGAAGAGGAAAGUGAAGACGAUGACAAUGAAGAUCAUGGCUUUAACAAACCUGAUUUGAACGCUGACAUGACACAUACAAAGAAGCCCAAGCUGGAUGAAAUGGCCCCCAAGAAGAAGAGUAAGGCUUCUACACACAACACAUCAACAGUAGUACCAUUGCAACCAGUCAGACAAAUACCGCUUACUGAAUGGGAAUGGAUCAUCCCAGCUCGUUAUCAGCAGGUUUUGUGGUACCAAAUUGUGUUUCCUGGCAUCAACGACAUUUGCAAUAGAUACGCGACUGACCACCCAACCACUGCCAACGCACCGACAGCACAGUAUGGUCAUCAUAAAGCCGCGAUUCUCAGUGACAUAUGGAAGCGUGUGCAUGAAUUUUCAAAGACGGAGAUGGACAAGGAGUUCUUGGCUGAAGUUGGAUCAGGCUUAAGCCCUGAAGUAGCAACAGAAAGAUUCCACUUGAAAUUUGCCUUUUACAAUGAAAACGUCAAUCGACUCCUGCAUCAAGUGAUGCAAGGUUACAUCCACUUUUACGAAAACGAGGUAUAUUACAAGAUUAAAAGAUCAGAAAUCAAUGCACUGCAGUCUGAAGAUAAGUUGAAGGCUGAUCAAUUAAGAGCGCUUGACAGCCAGCAUGAAGUAUUGAGAACUCAGUUGAACGGCAUCGCCUCCAAUGCCACAGCGGCCUUUACUUCACUUUUCGAGCAAAAAAUCGCAUUCAAGCGUCCACCAUCUUUCAAGCCCAUUCAACCCUCUUCUGGUGCCAAUAGUGUUCCUGCUUCGACAGUACCACAAGCCAUGCCAACAGCGUCUCCUGUUACCAUAGUUCAAUACCAGCCACCAGCAAUACAACCCCAAGUGCGUCCUUUGAAUGCAGCUGCCCCUCCUUACAAUAUCAAUGGCCAACGCAUUUCUUUUGAUCAAAACCAGCAACAAAAAGCAAUAAUACAGCAUCAGCAAGUACAAUUGCAGCAGCAGAGAAACAUGAUAAACGCUCCAAACAACGGUGCUAAGCAGAUUCUUGUCUCAUUGCCUGCUCCUGCGAGCACUGCUGCGUACAAACAAGCGCCUGUGCCUGUGUACCAACAACCGCCAAGUGCACUGAAUAUACAAUCACCCUCGCCAGUAGCCAAUCAAUCUCCUGCGGCAGCCACAUAUUCAUCCUCUCCAGCAUCAUCAUCGCGAGUGCCAUCAACCAAAGCGUCUCCCGUCAACAAUGCGCCAGUAAAUAAUCAGCAGAGCGAUGCUGCUCAGCGACGACAGGAGCAACUGUUUUUGAAUAACUUUAUUCAAAAACUUUGUAGUUUCCCUGCUGUUCAACUAGUAAAUAUGCUCAAUCAUCUCAAGGACAACGCAGUUAAUUACCGCCCCACAAGUGCACAAAACAGCGCUCGUUUGAAGACAUUUAGCGAAAUGAACCCUAGCCAAAUGAUGCAGUUGCUCAAUCUAUUUCAAUGGAGAGUAAUUCCUGGCCCACCUGUUGCCAACAACACUAAUCAGCACCAACAAUCAUUGCCACCCACACUGUGCUUUGACCAAUCGCAACUCGACGCCAUCAUUGCAAAGAAAACUACCAUUGAGAACAUCACAAAGCAAUUUGACGAUGAUAAUAUCUACACAGCCAUUUCACUUCUCAGCAAGGGACAUGUGGAGCUCUUUGAGAAGCUCUCAGAUGCAGAGUUGCUCAAGUUUUUCGGCGACCCAAGCAUCCUCCAGAAACUGGUUAUUAUCUUCCGAAAUCUCGAUACACAAGCCUCUGGCUCAUCUGAGCUUGCCAAAGUCGACAACCUCCCUCCUGUCUCAAGUCUUGUCAACUUGAUUAGUGAUAGCACUGUGCAAGAAAAUGCUGUCAAAUUGUUGGAGCUGGAUAAAGAGUUUUAUCAAAAAAGUCUUGAGGAGCGUAUCAAGAAGUAUUUGUCGGUUGUGGAUUCAAUCAAGAGCUUGAAAAUGUACACGAGAAUCAUGAAGCGACUAUCGAAAGGCAUUCCUCAGUUAAACUCACCUUCUAACGCAUUACAAUCAACAAUUCAACAGCCUCAAACAUCCGCUAACAAUAAUAAUACGAGUAGUAUGAGUCUUGCUCCUCAACUACAACCCCAGCCAUCCCAAACACCACAACAAACUGAAUUGCAGCAUCCCCAACUCUCAUUUCCCUUGGCACAUUUAGAUUAUCCACAAGAUCCUCCUACUAACAAUUGA